UCUCGUACCUCUCACUCCAUCUUCAUUGUGUGUGUAGGUGUGUUUGAGAGAGAGAGAGAGAGAGAGAGAGAGUCCAUUGACAGGUAGAGUGGAAUCAACACUUCGCUUUGUUUUGGUUUUGGUUUGCAAGGCUUUUUUGGCAGAAGGGUGAACAGGCAAAACAAACCAUGACAAAGAAAAUGUGGGCUUUGCAGUACCUUUUGUUGAUGGAAUGCUAUCUGGUUUUGACAGCAGAAGGUCAUGUAGUGCAACAGAAGAAAGAUGCAGGAAUUCCAGUGACAACAAUAUUGUCCCCUCCAGAAGGCACCACAACAUUCCUUGACGGCACGACGUGGUGCGUGGCACUUGCUGGGGUCCCUCAAGUUAAUUUGCAGGAAGCAUUAGAUUGGGCGUGUGGACUGGGGAUGGCAGACUGCAAAGAAAUCCAAGAGGGCGGGAAAUGUUUUGAGCCAGAAACUCUCUUGUCUCAUGCAUCCUAUGCUUUCAACAACUAUUACCAACAGAGUGGGAAUUCUGCUAUUGCUUGCAAUUUUGGAGGAACUGCUGCCUUAACCAAAAAUAAUCCAAGUUAUGGAAAAUGUGUCUACAGCACACCUGGAUCUGUCUCUUCAGCAGUACCUUCAAUAUUAAUGUCCAAGAAGAAUCCAGGCUCUCUGUGGUGGAAACUUGCCCUGCUUAUGCUUUUGUAGUUGGGAAGCUGAUCCAUGGUUUGAGUAAUUAGGGAAAAGUAAAAUCUCUGUCAUAUGAAGCUGUUGAAUGUACUAAAAAGAGAAGGAUUUUGUGAUUGCUGUUUGCUAAAUUAAUAUUCCUGUCUGUCUUUGUUGUGGGGUUAAGUAUCUAUUGCUAAUCAAGCAAAUAUCUGUUUGCUUUCUUUUAAGUCGUUCCCAUAAGUACCAUAAAAAGCUUUGGUUCCGUUAUGCUUUAUCUGAGUUGUAGCUCUAACAGCACAUGCUCAUGGCAAUCUCCACCAUUCC